AUGGCAGAAGAAAUGCAGAGGCACAUCAAGCUUACCAAAGCACAGACGACCCCAGUGGUGUUGGUCGUAGGAGACCCAGGUCGAGUGGACAAGGUAAAGGUGCUAUGUGAUUCGUAUGUAGAUUUGGCAUAUAACAGAGAAUAUAAAAGUGUUGAGUGUACAUACAAAGGGCAGAAGUUCCUUUGUGUUAGUCACGGAGUAGGGUCAGCUGGAUGUGCAAUCUGUUUCGAAGAGCUUAUGAAUAACGGAGCUAAGGUAAUCAUUCGUGCAGGCUCCUGUGGAUCCCUUCAACCAGAUGAAAUAAAGAGAGGAGAUAUCUGUGUAUGUAACGCAGCAGUAAGGGAGGAUAGAGUGUCUCACCUUAUGAUACACUCAGACUUCCCAGCUGUUGCCGAUUUUGAGGUCUAUGACACAUUAAAUAAAGUAGCACAAGAAUUAAAGGUACCCGUUUUUAAUGGAAUUAGUUUAUCCUCCGAUAUGUAUUACCCACACAAAAUAAUCCCAACGAGGCUGGAAGAUUACUCAAAGGCUAAUGUCGCUGUUGUCGAAAUGGAAGUCGCCACGUUAAUGGUUAUGGGUACUCUGCGAAAGGUAAAAACAGGAGGUAUUUUCAUCGUUGAUGGGUGCCCAUUUAAAUGGGAUGAAGGUGACUUUGACAAUAACCUCGUCCCAGAGAGGCUUGAAAAUAUGAUUAAGAUAUCCUUGGAGACCUGUGCUCGCUUGGCGAAG